AUGGCCACCACACCCUUGCCAAACGCCCUGAGCGCCUACCGCCUCCUCCUCCGCGCAACCCGCAUCGCCUUCCAAGGCGACUUUACAACCCUCCACGCCGCCCGGGCAGAAGCCCGCAAGCACUUCGACCAAAAUCGCAGACUGGGCGUUGAUACUCCAAAGCACAUUCAACAUGCGGUUGAGACGGCGGAGAUUUUGCGGACGAAUGUUGUCCAAGGUGUGAGGGUUGAGGGUUCCGGGGAGGCGGGAAAGGAGGAGCAGCGGUAUGAGUUGCGUAUUCAUGAACAUAUCGAGCGCGGGGAUAACGAUACAAUUAAGACGGCGGGGAAUAAGGGAAUCAAAGCUGCGGUUGGCAAGACGUGCUCGCAAUCGUGA